UUUUGUCUUUAAUCUUUAUGAAUAUGAUUUCAACCGGGAUCAAGUGACAAACUUCUAUUUCGAUUUCGAAGAUAAAUUUAGGAUGAAAAUUUUCAUUGCAUGGGUGUACAUUAUUUCAAGGAAGCUCUGAUAUAGAAUUUUGAGUCAGCAUGACAAGUGAUGACAUUCACCCAUCUAAAUCAUUUUCGACUAAGAAGAUGAAGGCACUUUUGAAGCGUAUGACUGAAUAUCAAGUUGCACAACAAGAGUUGUUUGAAGAAGUAAAGAAAGAGGCUGUAAGUCUCAUAGAAUCCAAUGAAAAUCUGAGAUCAACGGCAAAUGAGAAUGCAAACUUUGUCACUCAUUUUCAAAAUCGUUGCAGAGAAUUUAAGCACGAGAACCAAGCUUUAAAACACGAGUUAGCCGUCAUCAAGGCCAGCAGGCAACAUGAGACACAGAUUGCUGAAUCUGAUGAUACAAGCUCCAGAUCUAAGAGAAAGGAAGAUGUUUCCAUUGGUGAUCAACAACCUGAAAAAGUCGAGAGAAAGGGCCUUAAACUGUCCACCAACAAACAAAAGAAGAAGGUUCGUUACCAGAAGCUUCCUGAUGAGGAGAAGAAGAGUCCAGUUCUACUUGUUAGAGAUGGGAGAGAGAACCAAGACCCCGAAGCAGACCAUCCGAUACUUGUGGAGGAGAGAGGAGGGUGUCCUCAAACUGCCAAUCGUCAACCAUCAAAAGGGGACUCGCCACCUGAUCGAUGGAUUGGCAGUGUCUUUGUUGCAGAAACAGUCCCACUUGACAUAGAUAGUGACAGUGAUGAUGGUGAGGAUACAGAGGAAGGGAAUGGAGCCCACAAGAAGGGUCUAUGCAGGGAAGUUGAUGAAGGUGGCAGAGGGAACAGGAUGUCCAGGAAUCUCCGAAAGCACCGUAGACACAGGAAUGCCAUAGACCAACAUGUGGUUAUCCCUGAGACAGUACCAAUGGACUGUGUCUCAUACUCUCCUUCUGGCGAUUCUUUGCCUGAAGACGUGCUGAUGGGUGAUGGACGGGAACAUCUGUUACCGCUUGAACAAUCCACACCCAUGCUUCCAUCUCUGCCCAGUGAUUCCUCAAGGAGAAGAGCAAUCAACUCAAGGAGUUCAGAAUCUCCUGUUUGUUGGGAUGGGAAGAGCAGUAAGAAAGGCAGGAUUCCACCAACAGAGUCACAGCUUUCUGUUGACUUUUCCACCACACAGAUGUCUCCAACUUUUGAUGGAAGCAGGUCUACUCCUGAUAAGAAGGAAAUUGAUCUCCACUCCAGAUCAAAGCAACAGUUUUAUCCAAAGAAAACGAUUGUAAGCAACAAAAGUUCAAUAGGUAACAUUCCCAUGACUCCAGAAAACUUUCAUUCCGAUGGCAAAGUGAAAACAUACGGGCCAAAAACUCUUGGUUUGGCUACCCCAGAGGAUGCCGAUCAUGCAAAAAGUAGCCAUAUAGCUACCCCAGACUAUGAUGAAAGUGGACAAUCAGAGGCCUCGUUUCUGAUUCUGCAACAGCCUCCGAGUUUGCGGGGAUCAUCACAAGUAAGAUCAUCAGGAGGGCUACCAAAAGAGGAUGUUGUUCAGCCUAUAAUUCAGAGGCAAUCUCUCACAGAUAGUGACGCUGAACAGAGGAAAAAAAGAAAACUGUCUGAUGAUGAAUGCAUGGAUGAAAUAGCAAGCAAGAAGACAAAGACAAUAAGACCAAAUCUUCCUUCUGAUAGCAAUAAGACAGACGAAUAUAAGUUCAGCAAUAGAGGUGGAAGAGAAGAAAAAUGCAGUACCAAGGCAGAAAGUUCAGGAGAACCUUUGGAAAAGUGGUCUAGUGCAGAAGCCCCUGUGCGUAAAUCAAAUCACUCUGAAGAGACAAGGUCAUCUCAGGUAACCAGAGAUCAUUCCAUAUUGAAACAGACAACGUUGACAAAGGACUCAUUCAAAGCAGUAAUCACUGAAGACGGUCAGAGACUCAAGAAACUCAACGGUGGGGCGCGUGUGUAUGUCGAUUCUCAGAAUGAUCCCUAUAUGCAACAAGCAAUACGGGAAUCUAUGGAAGUCCAGAAAGAACUCAACCACAUCAAGAGUACAGGGAGUUUUGAUUUCAAGGUGCCAAAACCGCCAAAGGCACAGGAGUGUGAUCAUAAUUUGAAAGGAACCUCCUCGAAGGCUUCUAGUAGAGGACACCAUCACGAGGAUGCUGAUAUUGUUGUAUUAGUAGAGGAAAGAGAAGAUGAUGACUAUGGUGAAGAUCUGAAUGGAAGCAUUGAUCCAGCUGUCCGAUUUAGUUUCAUUGGCAGCGAAAGAGAUGUGGACCCUGUUGAUGAAGAAAUGGAGCCUAUUGAAGCAAGAAGAGCAGAUGCUUCUGGAAACGUUAGGAAACCUCUUGACAACUCAAAGGUAGCUCAACAUAGAGACAGAACUAAUCUGCAUCGGGAGCACUAUGACAAUGACAAUGUGGAAGGAGGCAGGUCGAAUAACAAACACAAACUCCUUGUGGAAGACAGCUUUGAUGAUAUGUUUGCAGAUGAUGAUCAUGACAGCAGCAAAGACAUAGACAACCUUCAUGGUAGUCACAGAGCUUACGACAGACAGGAUCAAGAUAUUGAGGUUGUGGAAGACAAUGGUCCUGCAGCAGGGGACAUCAAUGAGACACCUGUCCAAAGAAGGACUGGAUUUGAAGAUGGCUCCCUACCCGAUCCUGGUCUUGAUCCUGGGAUCAGACAGCGAGAGGAAACUGAUGAGAUGGUGUCCUCUUUUGCGAGAGAGUUUGACUGUCCUCCACAGAAAGAUGAUAUUCCAGCUUACAAAUUCAAGGAUGUCGUAAGGAAGAGAGAUGAGAGACAGAAGCUGAAAGGAUAUGGAUGUCAGGAAUGCCUUGAGUAUUAUAAAAGCCUUGGUCUUAGUGAUGAAGAGGUUGCUAUAAGAAUGAAGGAUUGUUCUAGGCAUAGGGGUCACCACAGCCCACCCAGCACCCCUGAUCACUUCUGGUCCGUAGACUUCCCUGAUACUCCAACAUGUGUAGAAAGAGGUUAUUACAAGGUGGCUACGGAAGAACAACCAAAGAGAACCAGAAGGAACAGGUAUCUUAACAAACCUAAUUUAGAAAAGGACAAGCCAGCGGAAGGAGGAUCCACUUGAUUCCAGGUUAUAUUCAGAUUUACAGCAUCUUGUAGUAGUAGUCGUUAAUCCAAAGUUUUAAAUCCUUUUUUUUCCCUCGGAACGAGGAUGGCCUGAUUCACCUCACACUUGCAGCAAUCGCCCUCACCCCCUCCCUCCAUUGGCCCGAUUCAGUGCAUCCCUCCACCCUCAACCCAACCCUCUUACUCCUCCACUCGCCUCUGUGUCCCAGUGGAUUGGUCUUUGCACUUUUAGAAACAGAGGCUCGUUGAUUCAAAUCCCAGUCAUGGCAUCAUUUCCUUUGAGCAGCAAGAUAAUGAUCCACAAAUGUUGUUCUUCACUCAAUCAAGGUGAGGUGAAUGGGUACCCGGCAUGAUUAUCUCCUUGACUGCACAGUGCUGAAAACGCCAGCUCGAGCUGAACCCAGGGUAGUAAUAAAAGUGCACCUCAGAAUAGAUCAUAUCUAGAUAGCUGGUACGAUAUAUACGUGUAUGUCUGUUACUAUUAUUAUAUACACCAAUAAUGAGAUGGAUCUACCUGAUUUUGUAGUUGAUCUGAUUAACUUGCAGCCCGAAUAAUAAUGUACACAAAUUCACGCGUAUAGGGCCAUCUCGUGACUGUCCAAACCGAAAGUGAACUGAUGCCGCCAUUGAUCAUUCUCAUUUCUGAAUCGCCUGCCUUGGAGGAAUCAUCGCACUCAGGACAGCUAAAUCCACUUCCCAAAUUGCGUUUAAUAUUGUGCUCAUUGGUUACUUUUCUUUAUUUCAAAUUACCUUACCUCUUUUACUGUUUGUUAUUAAGGUAUUAGGUUUCCCUUACCUUGUACCAGGCCUGCCUUGUACGUGGCAUAUAAAAGCUAUUGUAGUUGAUCUUCUCUUUAGAAGUCGAAUAUGCUAGUGAUAUGUGUGCCAUGUCGGCUUAGUGCAGUCAAUUAAUUUUUCCCCAGCUCUUCUCCCCGCAUCUCAGGGCGCAGCUCUCGCAUGUAGUGUCUAUGUCUUACACCCUUGCUUUUGACUGGAAGUGUUUAAUUCUUCAUCUGGAAAAGGCGCUUAAUAUGAAUUAUUGUUACUAUUCUCUCUUUCACCCAUUUCCACUACCUUCUUUCACCAGCUGCCUUCUCUCCCCUCCCCUUCCACUCUCCCAUGUCCCCACCCUGCUUCCUCUUUUCCCCUCCCCUGUCCACCCCCCUACUUCUCUUCAUUCUGCCUCAUGAGUGUAUCAGCAUAGACAAUAAAAAUCAAUUUCAUAAGACCUCUUUAAUAAAUGGAAUAUCAUGAAUGAAAGCAUUUUCAUUAUAAUCAUGAACCAUGGUAAAAACAUUGAUUUUUAUCCACAUAAACUAACCCAGUGAAGCAACCUACUGAGUUUAUUGUUUAUUUGAAUGAAAAUCAAUGCUUGUCCAUGAUUCAUUGGUAUAAUGAAAAAAUUCUAAUGCUUCCAUUCAUAAAAUUCCAAAACAGAUGCAUUAUAUUUUUU